UCCGAGCUCAGCGCCGUCGACAUGCCGUCGGGCACCUCAGUGCGGCCCCGCAAGGGCGCCUCCGCCUUCGACGAGGCCGCGCCCAACGGCGACUACCGCCGGCCGCGCCGCCGCCUCCGCAAGAGCACCGCCGCACGCCGUGACACUUGCACCGCUCGCACGCCCGCCCGCCUCCACGCUUACUGUCGCUCUGCUGACUGCUGGGUGUCUCGCACGCUACCUCCGUGCCGGUGUCCAGGAGGAUGUGGCCGGUUCGCACGUUGGGGCGGCUGUCGUCGGACCGGCGCAUGCGCCGUCGCGCCGCUACUCCCUGAGAUAUCGACAGUCAGCUGUUUGGUCCCGUACCCAUGGCAACAGCCGCCAUUUUGCGGCGCGACCAAUCACAGGCUCUCAUCUGUGAGCAGCUUGUCUACGCACAUUUUUUAUAAAUCGAUCAUUAUUCAACAACCGACAAGACAAUCAAAGAAGCAGAUUUAAAAUUAGUGUACAUAUUUCGUCGCCAUUAUGUUGAAUUCGACGCAUAGAUUCUGAAGUAAAGCGUGUCACGUAUCAAAACAUAAUAUCAUUAUAAGCAGGCUAAUGUAUUUAGAGACUCCGAUUUGUUUUUAAAUCUUCUGCCGUUUACUUCCGUCCUUAUUUCCUUUCACACUUACUCUUAUUUACGAAUACAAUGUAAACUGUUUUACUCGAUUUGUUCCACAAACUUGUGCUUCAUUCUAUGACCCAAACCCAACAAAAACAUUCUUAAAUAAAUACAAUUAAUCUCAUAGCACGAGCAUUGUGUCACAUGUGAAUCAGAUUAACAAUGUCUGCUGAAAUUUUCGUAACAUUGUGACAAAUUCGACAUAUAAAUUCCACAGUGAAGAAUUUCCUCAAUAACUGUCAUAUAUCACGCAUGUAAUAUAAAUAGUAUAAUGUGUUAUCACACCUGACAAUGUUUGUUGAAUAUCCAGCUGUUUUAUAUCUGUAUAUACUUUUUCUUGUAUUUGAUUCUAUUUAGCAGUAUCACCUUAGUGGUUCCAUAAACGUCAUUCUGUAACACAUACCUAACAAAAAUGUUCUUUAAAUAGAACAUAGUUAGGUAAAUUGGAACUAUUCAACUUAACUGAGAAGUUAAAAUUCAUCAACACUAAAGCUUGUCCUCAAAUGUGGCUUCUACUGUUGUUGUAUUAAAAUCUGCUGUGAUGUGCCCUCAUCGUAGUUAUGUCUCAGCAAUAAUUUCAGUAUUUACAAAAUUAAUAACAAGUAAUAUAUCUAGACUGGCUUGUACUUUGAGUGUAUAAGAAGACAAACAUUUGUAGACAACUGUUUGAAUGGUGUUUGCCUGUGUCAUAUUUUUAAAAAAUGCACUCCUUGUGUUCACU